CCGUACGGCUGACCAAUGAGCUUCCAGAACACUGGAGGAGUGGGCGUGACCGUGCCAAACGCAAACAUGGCGGCGUCCUUAGAUGAUGAUGAUUUUGAGUUUGAUAACCAGGAUUACUACUCUCUGCUCAACGUCAGGAAAGAGGCUACAUUGGAGGAGCUAAAGGCGUCAUAUCGGAGGCUGUGUAUGCUCUACCAUCCUGACAAACAUCGAGACCCAGAGCUGAAGAGCCAGGCUGAACAGCUUUUCAACCAGGUGCACCAGGCAUAUGAAGUGCUGAGUGAUGCUCACUCCAGAGCCAUCUAUGACAUCUUUGGGAAGAAAGGGUUGGAGGUGGAAGGCUGGGAGGUGGUGGAGAGGAAGAGAACUCCGGCAGAAAUUCGAGAGGAGUACGAAAGGCUGCAGAGAGAAAGAGAAGAGAGGAGACUGCAGCAAAGAACUAACCCUAAGGGCACCAUCAGCGUGGGUGUGGAUGCAACAGACCUGUUUGACCGCUAUGAUGAGGACUUUGAAGAGAUGCCUGGAGGAGGAUUUCCUCAUAUUGAAAUCAACAAGAUGCACAUUUCCCAGUCCAUAGAGGCUCCUUUGACAAACUCUGACACGGCGGUGCUGUCUGGUUCGCUCUCUACACACAAUGGGAAUGGAGGGGGCAACAUUAACAUGACUGUACGAAGAGUUACGUCAGCCAAGGGCUGGGGAGAGGUGGAGUUGGGUGCGGGAGACAUACUUGGACCUCUGAUUGGGUUAAAGGUGUUUCGCAACCUCACUUCACGUUGUUUCUUGACAGCCCAGUGUGGUUUGCAGUUCUCACCUCGAGGUCUGCGGCCAAGCUGUUCUCUGAUGACAGCACGCCACCUGGACCAGAACACCAUGGGCUAUCUGCAAUGGCGCUGGGGGCCCAACAGCGCCAUGACCACCAGUCUGGUCCGAGACACAAAGAGCAGCCACUUUACUCUGGCUCUGCAGCUGGGUGUGCCUCACUCCUACCUGAUGAUGAGCUACCAAUACAAGUUCCAGGAUGAGGACCAGACCAAAGUGAAAGGCUCUGUGAAGACAGGCUGGUUUGGUACUGUGGUGGAAUAUGGAGCAGAGAGGAAGAUCAGUCGACACAGUGUCUUGUCAGCCACCGUCAGCAUUGGGGUCCCUCAGGGAGUCACACUCAAGAUCAAGUUGGCGCGUGCCAGUCAGACGUACCUGUUUCCUGUCCACCUGACCGAUCAGCUGCUGCCCAGUGCUGUCUUCUAUGCCACUGUGGGACCCCUGCUGGUCUACAUGGCCAUCCACAGACUGGUCGUCAUCCCGUAUACACAAGCACAGAAAGAGCAAGAUCUGGAGCUGCACAGGAAGAGCUCGGCCACAGACAUCGCCAAGAAGAAGCACGAAGCAGAGUCUGCUGUUUUGCUGAUGCAGGAGUCUGUGAAGAGAAUCAAAGAAGCGGAAGAAUCCAAGAUGGGUCUGAUCAUCCUGAAUGCCUGGUAUGGAAAGUUUGUGUCAGACACCAGCCAGAAACAGGAGAAAGCAAAGGUCAUCGAUGUUACUGUUCCUCUGCAGUGCCUGGUCAAGGACUCCAAACUCAUCCUCACCGAGGCCUCUAAGGCAGGGUUGCCGGGCUUCUACGACCCCUGUGUAGGAGAGGAGAAGAGUCUCAAAUUACUGUACCAGUUCAGAGGUGUCAUGCACCAAGUCAUCUCUGCAGACACGGAGUCGCUACGAAUACCCAAGCAAUCUCACAGAAUUGAGUCCGAGUCCUAGGAACCCACCGCUGUUGUAUACACCAGAGGACAAAAUGCAAACAAAACCGACCGUGUGCAAACAGAAGAACCCAAGAAUGAAGGGGACACAACAAUGAGUCUGUUUCUCUCCUCUGGUCCUCUUUAACAUGGUAUUAGUGAAUCUGUUUAUCGAGUUCCUCCGCUCCUCCUCCUCCUGUGGCCCGUCUCCGAGGUUCAGCAGAAUACGGGAGUCAGCAUCAGAGUUUCUACAAGAUGUUACCGUUUGUGUCUCUAGUCUGCUACACCUGACAGGGCUGCUCAAAUAUCUGCGUGCUGCAGGAGAUCAGACACCGGCCCUGAACAUAGUUUUAUAUCUGCACUACACAGAGGGGACUGAUGGUCACUGCGGACGUGGUGACCAUUCCCGUUAAUGAUGAGCUAAAAGUGCACAAACAUUUAUAGAUGUAAAAUGACAGCACCGCUUAUAUACUUGACGUUUGAUACGUCAGGUAUAUAAGCUGUGCUGUAAUUUGACCCCAUAUCCUUGUCGUCUUUGUCGUGUAUGUGUAUCACCCUGGUAGGUUUGAAUCUAAUAAUGUAUGUUAUAACGUUACAACAGUCAUUUCACUAAGUCGUGCAAAUAGUUAGAGUAACACUAUGCAGGAUCGUGUCUCAGUGACCCUGAGGCUGGACUGAGGAUCGAUUGCGUAACUCAUGUUAUUGUUUUCUUGUUGAAAUGUCCCAUCCUAAUUUAUUAUGCCUUUCAGUGACAUGUCUGCUGCUCAGGUGUAAACUGGUGCUCAAAACUUGUAUCUGUGAGGUUUGGGAUAUGGAAGUUGGAGGAGGGAUUGUACAGAGAGGGAAAGUGCUAGAGAUGCCCUUUGAUGGUAGUCAUCAAACCAAGGAGAGAAAGGCUUGAAUUCUCCAAACAGAUUUUUUUUUAAAGAUUGCAGCUUAAAGGCAGAAGUUUUUCGAUUUGAUUUGCGUCAGUGUUUGAUUGUUGCAGCCCAAACAGAAUUCCUUACAAUGAUUUUUAAUAAGUGAAGUUUAUAGUUUGUACUUCACUGGUGUACAUCCAGCCCUAAGCCCCUGAUAACAGUUGCUACGGGUAUGGAUUUGUAAUAAACUAGCAAAAAUGGAGAUGUGAAUAACGGUUUUCUGGUUGUGAUGCGACCAGUAGAGGGCGUAGGUCAACACUUUUACCUCACAAAGGUUGUGUUGCUGCUAAAACUGUCACUGUGACAGACAAAAAAAUGUGUGACUGGAGCUGAAUUGAGCCACACUGCAACCAUUCUGAUUAUGGCACAUACUUUACUUAAUUCAGUUUGUAUGCCAGUCCCUGUGCCAUAUAUUUUAAUUUUAUGUCCUCUGUCCCUCUUUUUUUUAUUUCAAUAUAGGAUUAAUCUGCUAAUGUUAUGUCAAUUCUUAUAGUAUAUGAUGUUAAAACCAUGCGUGUCACUUGGCUGUCAUUGAGGAGAUAAUCCACACAAUAACUAAUAUGUCUGUAGCUAUUUUCUUAUCAGAGUGGUGAGGUUGACAUGGGGAAAUCUAAUGUGCUGUGAUGCACUCUGUUCAAAUACAGACGUGUUGUUGCACAGUAGUCCCAAAGUUUUUAAUAUUAAAUGCACAUUUAAUUAAAUUCACAUUACAACUACAAACUCCUAUUUGCAGAUUGACACUAACUACAAAGGGAAAUGCUAAAAGAGCGAGUUUGUGAAGUAUUCUUAAUUUUGGUGGCCGACCAUGUCGUGGGCUAUGGGGAAUCCCUGAAAACCACUACAGUAGGAUACAGAUGGUAUUUUAUUGAAUACAAGGGGAUAUUUUGCACAAAAUGUAUAGUAUUGAAACCGUAAAGCAUAUUGAAAGUGGUGCUGAAGCCUCUAAAGCUGUACAGUUUCACUGAACUCCAGGGUAUACAUCUAAGAAGUUACGACUAGUCCGGUUGACUUUAUGUAGUGCCCUUCAUUGAUUUAUUUUGAUUUUUUUUUUCUCCAUUGCUGCGAUUGACCUGCAAGACCUAAACGCGUGGAUAAGCUCAAAACAGAACAGUAAGCGUUGCGACCGAUAGGUUUUGGUAUUUAGUUGGAAAGAAGUCGGUCUCUGCAGGGAGAUGCAAAAUGGUCUUGCGUUGGGGUCACUAUUACAGCAGCUAUUUUGCACCGAUUCUGUUUGUGGUAUUUGUAUUCUCUCGUUUGUUUAAAGUGUACUGUGAAGUACUUUGGCAGGUCAGCUGGUCACCACUGCUCUAGAGGCCAGCAGAAAACUGCUCCCUGCUGUUACACUCCAGCCCAUCAUCACCACAACUGACCCACACUGGUAUGUGAAUAGACUGUAUGGUUGAGGAGCCUGUGUUCUCUCUUGUCCUGUUAAGACUACAAUAAAUAUGAAGCGAUCA